AUGAAACUCAAAAAUAGUGAUGUCAAGCUCAUUUUUGGUAUCGACUGUGGAGAAGACAGCAUCACCACCAAAUCCUAUGCAAGACCAAAGGAUUUUGAGCUUCCAUUUUACAAACGAAGAUGCAAAUCAGUAAAGAGAUUGGAUGGCCAUGCACUCAGUUGGAGUUUCCUCAACUAUGUUGACAAUCUCAACAACAUCAAGAAGUACAAUUGGGUUGAGAGUGAUGAAGAAAAAAAACAAGUGACUGACGAAGAAGAAGCUGAAGAAGAAGAAACUGAAGAAGAAGAACCUGAUGAACAACAAGACAAUGAUGAAGCAGAAGAAAGACAAGAAGCAAAAUGUGAUCAACCAAAAGACACUGAUGAAGAAGAACAACAACAACAAACAAACCAACAACAAGAAGUCAAUGAACAAGAACUGACAAACCAACAAGAAGAACUCCAAGAGAAAUCUGACAUAUUUCAUGCACAAGGUAAACUAUUGUCUAAUACUAAAGCAAAUUGCAAAAUUUAA